CUUAAUCCUUAUCUCUUUCUUCAUUUUUCUAUAAGUGGAGCCAGUGAGGCUCACUUCUCCAUAUCAUCUUCUUCCUCUACCGUUUCUUCAUCCUCUUUGUAUUCGGCUCUCUCCUCCUAUAGAUUGUGUAGGAUAGAAAUUUUAAACUUAGUUUGAGAGUUAAUAAUUUUGUGUAAGAGAAUAGAGUUAUUUUUGGAGGAUCAUGGAGCAAUUUCAGGUUGAUGGAAAAAUUAUUUUGAGGAGAGAAUCUAUAUUUUAAGCAUGUACAGUUGGGUGGUAAACGAAGCCUAAAUCCAAGCAAACCCACAGUCAACGGAAGGAAGAGUCAUCGAUGACGAAUUCCACAAUUGGUGCUUCACUCUAAAACUACAGAAGAACUAACUCAGACUUAAAAGUGCUGGGUGUCAAGAAGUAGUGAAACAGUGGAGAAUUUGGUAAUAGAUUGCAAAAAUGGCCUCACCGGGGGUGGACCUUUUGAUUGGGAGGAUAGUUUCCGCACUUGAAAGCGAAGCAUCGUUGAUUGGAGGAGUUCGUGAUGAACUCAAUCAACUCCAGCAGGAGUUAUCAAGCAUGAGAUCUUUUCUAAAGGAUGCCGAUAGAAUGACGGCCCAGACAGAAGGAGAGAAGACCUGGGUGGACAAUGUUAGAGACUUGACCUACAAGGCUGAAAUUAUCAUAGACGAGUUCAUGUAUCACAUGAGCAAACAAGAAGUUCAAGGUAAAUUCAGAAGGCUCCUCUGUCAGAUAGUCUAUGCACCAAAGAAUCUGUGGGUAAGACAUCGAAUAGCCACACAGUUACAGGAGAUCAACAACACGAUCAAAGCUAUCCCAGAAAGAAACCAACGUUAUGGGAUCGAUCGUGUAGGAGGAGCAAACUCAGGCUCAGGCUCAGGCUCAGGCUCAGGCUCAGGCUCAGGCUUUGGCUUCGGUAUCGUUUUCGGCUCAGGCUCUGGCUCCCAUGAUCAUCAGGGACAGAAGCCAAACAACGCUGAGGACACUUUAUUUGUUAAAGAUGAUAAUCUAGUGGGGAUCGAAGAUAGAAAGCGACAACUACUGGGCUGGUUGAUGGACAAAGAACUACAGCGCGCUGUUAUUUCUGUUGUCGGAAUGGGUGGUUCAGGCAAGACCACUCUAGUUGCCCAGGCCUAUAAGAGCCAAACUGUCAAGCAAUAUUUCCACAGCUAUGCAUGGAUAACCGUGUCUCAAACAUAUGUAGUUGAUGACUUACUUAGAAGCAUGAUUAAGGAAUUCUACUCUGCCACCGAGGAAGCAGUUCCAUUGGAUUUAAGUCGUAAGAGCCACAAAGAGUUGCUCGAGAUGAUUUCCAACUAUUUAAAAUCUAAAAGGUAUUUAGUUGUCUUGGAUGAUGUAUGGAGUCAAAACCUCUGGCAGCAUAUAAGUGUAUCACUUCCAGAUGAAGGAAAAGGAAGUCGGGUCAUCCUUACAACCCGAAAGGAAGACGUAGCUUCCUUUAACUUUGGGGUUAAACGUCAUGUUCAUCAUAUGAACCCUUUGGGUGUGGAUGACGCAUGGGAUCUCUUUUGUAUGAAAGCUUUUUCGAGCAACCGUAGUAGAUGUUGUCCUAAAGAGCUCGAAUCCUUGGCUCAUGACCUUGUUGCAAAAUGUGAAGGACUACCUCUUGCAAUUGCAGCUUUGGGUGGUGUCAUGUCCACCAAACAUAUGGAAUCGGAUUGGAGAAAAGCUUAUAAGAGCUUGAGCUGGGAGUUGAGCUAUAAUCCUGAGCUAGAAGCAGUGAAAACUAUCUUGUUGUAUAGCUUUAAUGAGUUGCCAUACCAACUAAAGCAUUGCUUCUUAUAUUGUUGCCUUUUCCCAGAAGAUUAUCGGAUUCGACGGAAGAGGCUUAUUAGACUUUGGAUGGCAGAAGGAUUCGUAGAAAAGAGAAAGGGGUUAACAGCAGAGGAAGUAGCAGAUAGCUACCUUAUGGAUCUAGUUUGCCGAAGCAUGCUUCAAGUCAUAAAGAGGAACCCAUCAGGUAGGCCGAAAGAAUGUAAGAUGCAUGAUCUUGUGCGAGAAAUUGCCCUUUCCACAUCAGAAACUGAGAAGUUUUGUGUUGUAUAUGAUGGCAAAGAAGCUAAGGAAGAAAGUGGAACCGGAGCACGUCGCUUAUCGAUUCAAACAAAUGGUGGAGAAUUGCAAUCAUGGAAGGGCAUGUUGCAACAGCUUCGGUCUCUUCUUGUAUUUUAUGACGAUGAGAUAUCAUUGCCACGAGGCUUACGACUGUUAAAAGUCUUCGAUCUGCAGGAUGUACCAAUCGAAAAAUUACCAAAUGAGCUUGUGGAUGUUUUCAAUUUAAGGUACUUGAACUUGAAAAGAACAAAGGUGAAGGAACUUCCAAAAUCCAUUGGAAGACUUUGCAACCUUGAAACUUUAGACAUUAGGGAUUCCAAAAUACAAGUUCUCCCAACUGGAAUCACAAAGUUGAAGAAAUUGCGGCAUCUAAUAAUGUACCGCUAUAACCGUGGAGGUGGCAAUCAGUUUGAAUAUGUUUAUGGUACAGCAGCACCAGCAAAUAUUUGCAAGCUAACAAACUUGCAAGUUUUGGCAUGCGUAGAAGCAGAACCAGACUUGAUGAAGCGACUAAGGAACAUGACGCAGCUCAAGAGGAUUGGCAUUACAAAGCUGAGAGAAGCAGAUGAGGUGGAUUUGUGUAUUGCAAUCCAAAAAAUGAAUCUCCUUCAUUACUUAUGUGUAAUGAUGAGUGAUGAGAAUGAAUGCCUCCGAAUGGAUAAACUCUCCUCUGCUCCUCCCUAUCUCAAGACCCUCAUUUUAGUUGGAAAAUUGGAGAAAGUUCCCCGUUGGUUUGACUCACUUCAAAAUCUCACGAAUUUGUAUUUGCAUUGGUCCAGACUGGAAGAAGACCUUCUUCCUUGCAUCCAAGAACUUCCCAGUUUGGGAAAAUUGACUCUUAUUAAUGCAUGUGAAGGAAGACAACAGCUAUGCUUUAGUACUGGGUUCCCUAAACUUAGGAAUUUGCAUUUGCGGAACUUCCCCCAGUUAAAUGAGAUUAUUAUAGAAAAAGGGGUGAUGCCAGCUCUCCGGGAAUUUUUGAUUUCGGAAUGCAUGCAGUUGAAGAUGUUGCCUCAUGGUAUCGAGUAUAUCAAAUAUCUCCAAAAAUUGACUUUAAAAUUUGUUACAAAUGAACUCGUAGAACAAAUACGUGGAGAAGAGAGCGAGGAACACCCACAGGUUGGACACAUACCAUGCAUCAACAUUAUGUGGCAGUCACCAGAAGGGAUCAAAUUUGAAAGAUUGUUUAAUUCUAAAGGUCUCCAGCUCGCUAAGAUUAUGAAGAAAUAAACAUUGUGACCAGUUUACUUGGUUACCAAAAAGAGAAGCUCUCCCCACUUUGCUCUUUUAAUCUUUGGAGUGAUAUUAUUAAGAGUCAUCCAGUUUUCUGGCUGUGUUUGUGUGUGUGCGCGUGCGUGCGAUGUGUUGUGCUAUUAAACAAGUUCUAUCCAGGACAAGACAUGGUGAAUGUUUUAUCUUUGUAAUUUCAGCUUUGUGAGAUGAAGAUUUCCUCAGACAUCUCUUCAAUAUGCAUGUAUAUGUAUUUGUUGUUGUGGUGGUUGCCUUCUUUACUUCUGUAUUGCUGAUUUUGUUUCAACAACAUAUUUAAGAUAAA